AUGCACUGCAGCUGUCUGGCCGAGGGCUUCCCCACCGCCUCCCCAUGCAACUACUGGGUCUCAGGCUUGGCCUUCCCGGACUGGGCCUACAAAGCCGAGUCGUCCCCCGGCUCCCGGCAGAUCCAGCUGUGGCACUUCAUCCUGGAGCUGCUACAGAAGGAGGAGUUCCGCCACGUCAUCGCCUGGCAGCAGGGAGAGUACGGGGAGUUUGUCAUCAAGGACCCAGACGAGGUGGCCCGCCUCUGGGGCCGCAGGAAAUGCAAACCACAGAUGAACUAUGACAAGCUGAGCCGAGCCCUCAGGUAUUACUACAAUAAAAGGAUCCUGCAUAAGACCAAAGGCAAGAGGUUCACGUACAAGUUCAACUUCAGCAAGCUCAUCGUGGUCAACUAUCCUCUGUGGGAAGUGCGGGCACCACCGUCCCCCCACUUGCUGCUGGGGGCCCCUGCCCUGUGUCGGCCGGCCCUGGUGCCCAUGGGUGUGCAGAGCGAGCUCCUGCACAGCAUGCUGUUCACCCAUCGGGCCGUCGUGGAGCAGCUUGGCGCACAGCAGGCCUCCCGAGGACCACCAGAGGCCUCUGGGGGCAAGAAGGGGAGCAGCUGCAGUAUCCACCGACUGGGCUCUGGCCCCUGCCGGCUGAGCCCUUGCUGCCACUUCGGGAGCCUCCAAGGCGAGCUGCCCAGUUUGGCCUCCUUCGCCCCGCCCCUGCCGCCCCCUCUGCCCUCUGACUGGCCCCGCUUCUCGGGGUCCUUCUUGCCCCCUCUGACCUCAGAGCGGCAGCUCCCUGGGGCCUCCAAGCCAGACACACUGCUCCCAGCACUUCCCUUGCUGGCCGGGCUGGGACCAGGCACAGGGGAGAGGCUUCGGCUCCUGUCCCUGAGGCCCGAGGGACCAGAGACAAAGCCUGAUCCCGUGACGCGGGUCACGGGCGGCCUGGAGGCCAGGAUGGGCUUCCCCUUGGAGACCCAUGGACUCAAAGCUGGGGAGGAAAGCUCUACGGCCCCCAGCCUGGAGACCCCCAAGGCCCUGUGGCCCUUGGAUCCUCCCUAG